AGAUGGGAGGGGAAAAGAUGUGGAAGGGGAAAUGGGGGAAGGAUGGCACAGAGGAAGCGGCAGCGUGGGCAGGAGGGUCCCAUGGCGGCCGUUGGGCACAGGGAGUGCGCAGUGGGGAUCUGGGCUGGCCCCCGGUGCUCUGGGGGUGCUGGCGGUGCACCCCGGAGCUGUGUCCUGCACUCACAGGGGUGUUCCUGGGGAUAAGAUUGAAGAAUGUCACUUGUUGAACGGCACGGAGAAGGUGAGGUUCGUGGAGAGGUUCAUCUACAACCGGGAGCAGUUCCUGAUAUUCGACAGCGACGUCGGGGUGUACGUGGGGUUCAUCGCCUAUGGGAAGAUGAAUGCCAAGCGCUCUAACAGGCACCCGGUUCACAUGGAGUACUACCGGGCUUUGGUGGACACGCAGUGCUGGCGAAACUACGAGCUUUAUGCCCCGUUCACAACGGUGGAGCGCCGAGGGGAGCGCGGGGCAGAGCGCGUCCCCUCGGACCCUGCCCUGCCAAUGACCCUGGAGCUCCUGAAAUUCCCAGUAUCCCUCGAGUCUGGGAAUCGCCUCAGAGGCCGCAGCCCUCCUUGUGUCCAUCACUGGGACAUCCUCUCCCACCCAGUGACCCCCCCCCGUGGCUCCUCCAGCCCAUCCCAGUCCAUCCCGGUCACUCCCAGUGCUCCGCGGCGCGUGCAUCUCGGUCGAGCUGCCCCCAGUGUGUCCAUCUUGCUGGUGCCCUCGAGCUCCCAGCCCAGCCCCGGCCGCCUGCUCUGCUGGGUCGUGGAUUUCUACCCUGCCCACAUCCAGGCGAGGUGGUUCCAGGGCCAGCAGGAGCUCUCAGACCACAUGGUGGCCACAGACAUGGUCCCCCAACAGGGACUGGACUACCAGCUCCUGGAGCUGCUGGAAACCCCCACCCCCAGGGCAGGCUCACCUACACCAGCCAGGUGGAGCACGUCAGCCUGGAGCACCCCCUGA